GAACAUGCAAAAGAGAUUGUGAUUGGUAAGGGACACAAUACUGGUGUUUUAAUGUCUGUAACCUCAGGGAGAAGACCUUGAUUAGCCCUUACUGUUCUUCCCAUCUGCUCAACACAAGCGUCAUUCUAUGAUUUUUUUCAUUUUCAUAUCGGAAUCCGCCGACUAGCAAAUACACAUCUCUUCUGGCACCCUAUGGCGGAUCAUAUUCGGGCAAUGCAGGUGUACGUUGUUGCAAAGAAAAUCGACGAGGUUCGUCGGAAAACUAACUUUGAUAACUCGCUGAAAAAGAAUCAUCCUCCGCGUCCAUUCCUCCUGUGUGGGGAUCUGAAUAGUGAUCCGUUGUCCGGUGCUUCUCAGCUCCUUUGCUCUAGAUCUCUCGCACCAGACCAACACGAAUGUUGGAAGUACCUCCAUAGAUACAAAUGGGAUAUAGAUGAUUGCGAGGUUGAUGAAAUGAUGGAAGGUGGAACAAGUGGAGAAGAGCGCAGGGCCGAACAUCGGGACGGCAGAUGUGAACAAAGCAUUUCAUUCGCGAAGUCUUGCAAUGCGUCUCCUCCCCACAUUGAUCUACCAGAUUGUUUUCCUACUAUCGUAUCGGGCUGCAAAGAGAGUCCUCCUUUCACAAACUUUUCUCUCGAUUUCGUUGAUACAUUGGACUACAUCCUUGCUAGUAAAGCUUCUGAAACUGAGUUAUUUGGAUUCGUGCCAAUGCGGUCCGCAGCAAUGCCUUCUGUUCUUGAUGUGAAAAAGUUCAUUUCGAUGGUAAGUACAAAAAGAACUCAACUCCAUGUAGAACAUUUUGGAAUUCUCUUCAGUCUGUCAACGUUCAAAGUGAUUUCUCACAUUCCAUCUGGUACUAUAAAUUGGAUUAUCACAUUCAGCCGAAUGAAUUCAUGCCAAGUGACCAUGUUUCCAUUGUCUGUGAUUUUGACUUGAUUCGGUACGAUUAAAAUUAUGGCACAAUA